AUGUCGUUCUCUAUGUGCUUAUAUACGUCGACGACAUCAUCGUCCCAGGCAACAACCCCAAACGCGUACAAGAGUUCAUCGAUAUACUUGGCCAGGAAAUACAUCAAUGAUCUCCUCUCCAAGUGCAAUAUGACCACUGCGAAUCCAGCUUCCUCUCCAAUGUAUCUACACUUCACGCGCCCAGACAUUGCUUUUGCUGUAAACAAGCUCUCUCAAUUUAUGCACAGACCUACAGACCUUCAUUGGCAAGCAGCAAAGCGCGUUCUUCGUUACCUCGCUAGAACAAGAGAUAAGGGAGUCUUUCUUCGCAGCAACAACAGGCUAUCCCUUCAUGCCUUUUCCGAUUCUGAUUUGGCUGGCAACAAGGACGGCUACACCUCCACAAGCGCCUACAUUGUGUACCUUGGCUCAAACCCGAUCGUCUGGUCGUCAAAGAAGCAACAGACAGUUGCUCGUUCCUCCACUGAGGCUGAGUACCGAUGCGUUGCAGACACAGCCGCAGAAAUGACUUGGAUUGUCUUCAUUCUUACUGAGCUUGGUGUUAAGCCAGUGUCUCAGCCAGUCAUCUACUGUGAUAAUGUUGGAGCAACAUACUUGUGCGCAAAUCCGGUCUUUCAUUCGCGAAUGAAACAUGUAGCUUUGGACUACCAUUUCAUCCGAGAGUUAGUUCAGUCAGGUUUUCUGCGGGUCUCACAUGUCUCCUCAAAGGACCAGUUAGCUGAAUCUCUCACUAAGCCCGUCACUCAUACUCUACUCAACACACACUCUUCCAAGAUAGGACUUUCCUCCGGAUGUUCAUCUUGA